CGGGUUCGGGAAAAACGGUACUCCAUCGAGUUGGCGCGGAGAUGAGUCGGCACUCUGACUGUCUCUACAUCAGUCUAUCGCGCUACGGUGGGAGUGCGACUCACAUCCCAAUCUACGAGGCUGACAUCACUGAUUUCCGGGUGAUAUACCGCUGCAAUCGGGAGUGGAGAGACCGCCUCGGGUCUCCCAUGGCCUUCAACAGCGCCAUGGCGCAUAGAAAAGGGAAACUCACAGGCCUGAAGCCUUACGGAGACGCGUCGCAG